AUGCAUGCUGGGACCCAUCUUUUUGAAGUCAUCAACCAGGUGGUAGAGGCUGUAGAGAAACGCAUAGAGGAAACAUGUAGGAGUAUUAUGGAGUGCUAUAAGGAUGAUGCCUCUCGAGCGAAAGAUAUUGCCCUGAGGAAGUUCAGGGAUAAAGACCUUUUGGCUGAGAAGAAAGUGAGUGGAGGAGUGGAUUGGUAUGGGAUACUUGGCGUAAUCCCCUUGGCCGAUGAGGGAACUGUGAAGAAACAAUGCAGGGAGCUGGCUCUUAUGCUUUAUCCUAAUAAAAACAAGUCCAUUGGUGCAGAUGGUACAUUUAAGUUUGUUUCAGAGGCUUGGAGUUUAUUAUCUGACAAGAGCAAGUAUUUGCUAAAUGAUGGCAUUGUUUAA